GAAUGUCAUUAAGGAACAGAAAAAAGUCACAGAAGCGGAACUUUCAUCCCUCAUGAAUACAGAGACAAGCUAUUUCUCCGCUGAGCUCUGUUCCCAGCCGGUGCUAAAACAGCGUUGCACCGUGUUCCACUAAUAGUGUUCCUCUUUUUACUAUUAUUAGCAACUAGCUAGCAUAAUCACUACAACAUCUCUGGGGAUUUAUUUUAGAAAUUAGCUCAAUGAAAACACCGCCGGGGAAACGCAGUUACUCUAAACUUCCUGUGUGGAUUGUAGAAGAUCACCAUGAGGUUGUGCAACACAUCUACCGUGCCAUCGGCUCUCGGCACAUCCCGAUGAAGGACGUUAAGAUGGUUCACUUGGACUCGCACCCUGACCUGCUCAUCCCCGUCAGCAUGGCUGCACACACCGUGUUUGAUAAAGAGGCGCUGUUCAGUGAGCUGAGCAUCGAGAACUGGAUCAUGCCGAUGGUGUACGCCGGACACGUGUCCCACGUCGCCUGGCUUCAUCCGUACUGGGCUCAGCAGAUCCGAGAGGGCGAGCACAAGAUGUGUGUGGGCAGGGAUACGUCUACAAACACCAUCAGAGUCACGAGCACAGACGAUUACUUCCUGAGCGACGCUCUUUACGUUCCCGCCGAGCAGCUGGAAGACGGGAAGCCCUUCCGUCUGAGCGUCAUCCGUGUGGAUCCAGCGCACACGUCUGAGAAGAGCCAGGGUGACCCUCAGCAGAACGCUGCGAAAAAAUCCAAACCGGACCCUCAGCCAGGCAGCAGCGGGUCGUGCGGUGGCGUAUCUCAGCCAUCAGAUGGCAGCAGCGGCACACCGGAGACGCCGAGUGCGGAGGAAGCACGGGCUUCAGCCGUAGCCAGCCUACUGAGUGUGCUCGAGCGGGACGAUCCCUACAUCCUCGAUAUCGACCUGGAUUUCUUCUCCUGUAAGAAUCCCUUCAAGGAAAUGUACACACAGGAAGAGUUGGCCAUGCUGCAGGAGCUGUACGGUUUCGAGAGGCCGCGCGAGGAUGCGGACGAGGAGACGCUGUGUGAGUGUGUGGAGAGACGAACACGGCAGCUUGAGGACCUGGAGGCGACGUUUGCUGACCUGCUGGAGGACGACAGCGAGCUCACCGUGGAACGCUUAGCGGAUAAGCCUGGGAUGAAAUCUUUGGUGAAACUCGUCUGCAGCUUGAAGAGUCGUAACGAAUCCCCAGACUAUGAAAUGACCCACCAGGCCGGUCUGACCUGUGAUUACUCGGAGCUUCCUCACCACGUCAGCAGUACAGCGGAGAUCCAGCAGCUGAUGCUCGCGGUGCGCUCGGUCCUGCAGCCUCUACCCAAACCCACCCUCGUCACCGUGUCCAGGUCGAGUUUGGAUGAAUAUUGUCCUCCCGAUCAGGUCGACUCCAUUCAGAGCAGCGUGCUGAAGGUUCUAGAAACUCUUUUCGGUUCUUUAGAUGUCCAUAAGGAGUACGAAGAAGCUUCUGGAGAAAGCGCAUCGCGGUCCUCGUGAUGAAAAUCAGCUUUAGUGCAGCUUUGUAAUGCACUCUGAGUGAACCAGCAUGAGCACUUGUUUGUAUGUAUGUAUGUAUGUGUGUGUGUGUGUGUGUGUGUGUGUGUGUGUGUGAGAGAGUGAGAGAGCGAGAGCAUGUUGAGUGUUUUUAAAUUGAAGCUCCUGGAAUCUAUUUCUGCUUGCUGAAUUUAACAUCAGUGAAGGAUGCAAGCGGUGAAGUCCGUGUGUCUCACACACACACACACACGCUCACACACACACACCUCUCAGAAAACGGAUUUGUUCUGCAUGUGCAUCACACUGAUUUCCUGUGAAGUCCCAGAGAAAAAUCUCUUCUUCCUGAAGUUUAAAUAUUGUAUUAAAGAGUCGUAUUUUGUGUAAAUAUGUAAUAGUGUAACCUUAUUUUCUGAACAGCGGUACACGUCCUUCACUUCCUGGAUCUCAGACCAGUCUGAGGUGAUGGAGACCACGCCCACUUUACUGUUACUGUUAAGUAGUGAGGCAACGCCCUUCUCUUCCUUCACUGGAACUGCCUACAUAAGUAGAGAGGCCACACCUCCUUCAGUGGAGAAUGAGAAACGGAGGCCCUGUCCUGCUCCUCCUUUACUCUAACUGACAGAGGCCACACCCUUCUUCUUUAGUGGGACUGACAGGUCCAGAGGCCAGGCCUCCAUCACUUACAGAAAUACAGGCCAUGCCUCCCUCACUGGAGGCUGAAACCCAAAGGCCACGCCCUCUUCAUUCUUCAGUGGGGGCUAAAACAAUCAGGCCACACCAUCUUCUUUCACUAGAGACUGAAAACCAUAGGCCACGCCCUCCUUCUACACUGUAAACUAAAACACAGAGGCCACACUCUCCUCUUUCUUCACUGGGGGCUAAAACAAACAGGCCACGCUCCUUCCUCACUGUAAACUGAAAUACACAGCCACGCCCUCCUCCUGCUUCACUGGAGACUGAAACACAGAGGCCACGCCCUCCUCCUUCUUCACUGGAGACUGAAACACAGAGGCCACGCCCUCCUCCUUCCUCACUGUAAACUGAAACACAGAGGCCACGCCCUCCUCCUUCUUCACUGGAGACUGAAACACAGAGGCCACGCCCUCCUCCUUCUUCAAAGUAAACUGAAACACAGAGGCCACGCCCUCCUCCUUCUUCAAAGUAAACUGAAACACAGGCCAUGCCCUCCUCCUUCUUCACUGGAGACUGAAACACAGAGGCCACGCCCUCCUCCUUCUUCACUGGAGACUGAAACACAGAGGCCACGCCCUCCUCCUUCUUCAAAGUAAACUGAAACACAGAGGCCAUGCCCUCCUCCUUCUUCACUGGAGACUGAAACACAGAGGCCACGCCCUCCUCCUUCCUCACUGGAGACUGAAACACAGAGGCCACGCCCUCCUCCUUCCUCACUGUAAACUGAAACACAGAGGCCACGCCCUCCUCCUUCCUCACUGGAGACUGAAACACAGAGGCCACGCCCUCCUCCUUCCUCACUGGAGACUGAAACACAGAGGCCACGCCCUCCUCCUUCCUCACUGUAAACUGAAACACAGAGGCCACGCCCUGCUCCUGUCUUUAAGCUUUAAUUUUCAGUUUUACUCUUCUGCAAGUCUCUGUCGUGUAAACAUGCCACAGCUAUGGAGUACAAUUUGAAUACCAUUAGCUAACACUGUGUUUUAAAUAUCUCUUUCUCUCAGUACUCACACGUAACAUCACACUUUCUUUUUUGUGGUUAAUCACCUGCGGUGUGCUCAAUUCCUCAGACUGCACACUCAGUUUAGCGUGUUUAUUUGGGAUGUUAUUAUUUGGGUGUUUAUUUGGGACGAUGUUUGUGUGGCUCUUCUUCUCCACACGUCGACGCGUUUUCCAAAAAAAACAUCUGCUGUGCUUUCGAUUGGCGUCGCGUGAGCCUACAGUAAAUGUUCUCCGUGUGACAAAAA